AUGGCCACCAGACCGAAACGUUCAUCCACAAUGCCAUCGAUGGCAACUCCACCAACAAUCACACCGGCCACACCUGGAAAACAUACAGCCACAACCACAUCAUCUUCCACCACGAGUCACGUGAUCGGGGCUCCAAAAAGCUCUGCCACAACAAGUGCCAGCACCAGUGCCAGUUCUAACACCAGCACGGCCACCAACAAGACAUCAUUCCAAUAUUGGAAUCAAAAGGUUGGUCCACAACCUGUCAAUGGCACAUCGACUACAUCAUCGACAACAACAACCAAGUCACUACCAUCCUCUCCUUCACUCCAAGGUCAAACGGCCACACCACCAUCGACCACUACUUCCAAACUUGCAGUCGCGCCCAAGUCUGCAAGUGCCACAACCUCAUCGACAUCAUCCUCUUCCACAGGUCCUAACAAAGUACCUCCUCCUCGUCCCCAUCCUAUAUCGACUCCAACCCCAACAACCAACACAACCUCAUCAUCAACAACAUCAACUACAACUGAUUCAAAAACAUCAGACGAUCAAUCAAACAUGGUAUUCAAGACAUCAUUCACACUUCCAUCGAGGCUGAAGACUGGUCAGGCAUCUUCUUCAUCAUCAGGAUCAUCAACAACAACAACAUCAUCAUCCUCCGACAAGAAGGGUAUUAAGAGUAUAAUAUCAAUGGUGUGGACACCAGACGCGUCCACUCCAUCAAGUUCCAAGACUGCAGCGGCCUCAGCCAAGAAGGCACCGGCUGUCCCUCCCAGGAGCUACAUAGGCGAGACACCAUCCCAAUCAACACCAACUACAUCAACAUCAACAACUACACCUGCUGCCACGGCACCAGUGUCGAGCGCGACAACCAAAGUGGCUACGCCAGCAACUACCAUAAGCCACGAGCCAGUAGCUACUGUGACUGCCACAGCACCAUCAUCCGUGGCAACAACAUCAUCAACCAAGACACCUUCAGUGGUGACCAAGGAGCAACAAGGUGAUAAGGAACGUCUGGCACACUUGGAGGCAAAUGUGAUCAAGUUGACAUCAAUGGUCGAUGAGUUGAACACUAGUUUGAAGAAUGAGCGACAACUUAACAUUGAACUCGAUUCCUAUUGCCAUGACCUAGAGGCCAGACUACAUGUGGCGGAGGGCAAGUUGAAGCGUAACUCUGCCAAUGGAUCAUCCUUACAGACGAGUCAGCUGGCAACGGCUGAUGGUGCCAGCAGCUUGGACAGUACCGCACAACAAUAUGAGGAACAGAUCAGCGGGCUGCAAUCACGCGUUGCUUCAUUGGAGCAGCGCAUCAAACGAAUGGAGUCGAGCCAGGUCGAUCAAGAGCACGGCAGCCUAAGGGAGCGCGACAACAGCUUCACCUGCUUCUCAGACAGCGAGAUUACAGACAGCGAACUCAAGUCCAGUUUGAAGAAGAAGAAGAGGAAGGGCAGAAGCGGCUCGCCAGACUUCACGCUAUCACUCAGCCUCUCGCCCAAGAAGGUGGGCUUCAUCGAUGAUGUGAUGGCCAUUGACGAGUCUGCCGCCGCAGCUGCCGUCGCCGCCGCCCACAAGAAAAGUCCAAACAAACGGUGGAUGAGCAAGAGGACCUACUCCAACGACAGCAGUGCGAGCAGCCUCUCGUUCAGCGCCACCGAUCAGGCCGCCGGGGAGGACGAUGAGUUCCUCUCGACAGAGGAGCGCGCCAACCUCACCAAGGGCUUCUUCACCAACCUCUAUAGCAACGCAGAUGCCGAGGAGUUGAAGCGAGAGAAGCUCAUCCGCAUGCGAUCCAAGUCGCUAGUGUCCAGAGACGCGACUGCUAGCGAAGAGUUCACAUUUGGCAAGACCUCGCCCCUCGUUAUGUCAGCUUCCACCAGUGCUCUAUCAUCGCAGAGCCAACAACAGUCCAUAGCCAGUGCACUUGAAGAGUUGGACAGUUAUGAGAAGAAGAAGUCAUCAUCGAUUGGAAAGAUGUUUGGAAAGAGCAAGGCAAAGACAUUCAGUGGAGACAAGCACAAAGUGUCUUUGAUAUUGUCCGAGAGACUCAACCAUCGAUCAUCAAGGGAUGACCUCAUCUUGAAGAAUAUUAUCAUGUCCGAGUCGAUAUUUGGACUGAGCAUCAAUGAGGACACGGUGGAGCGCGUGGCAGCAUUCAUCAGGAGUUGCACAGAGGUGUUGUUGACACAUCGACAAGAGGAUGGCCUGUUCACCAAACGUGUGGACGACGCAGAGUUGGCCGCGUUCAAGAGGUCGGUCGAGCACAUUGUGCCAGGCAGCGACAACAGCGCUUUCAAUAUUAGCAAUCCGCAUAUUGUGGCAGCUGCCCUACUGUAUGUGUUUGAGCGAUUGUCCGAACCAGUGUUGGGUCGCUACGCCACUCAACUACUUUCAAUCGUGGCGAUUGAGGACCAUCCCCUUCGUCGAGCAUUUGCCCGUGCCACACUAUUCUCCAUGGCGCCAACACACAGGAUGUUGCUCAAGUUGGUACUCCAGUUCCUGCGCGACAUGGCCACCUCUGGCGUACCCGCAGCGUCGGAACCAGCCUCCCCAAGCAGUGGGGAGACAUCACCAUUCACCCUGUUGUCUGUGACGCCAAUCUCUGGUUCGCCAGUCAUCGACUCGGCCAAGCCCGCGCCACAACAACCAAUUAUCGAUCCAGCUCGAAUGGAAUUAAUAUGCACGGUCUUUGCCAAGGUGCUGUACAGGGCUGGCUUGGACACUGGUCGCACGGCACUGUCGCUACGCCAGUUGGCCGACGACUUUGAAUCACACUUUGACAACAACGUCGACUUAACAUUCAUCAUCAAGGACAUCUCCUACGUCAAGCAUGCAUCGUUUGAGCGACUGUUUGAGCGUCUACUCGACCUAAACAACCGCGACACUGACUACAACUACACGGUCUUCUACACGUACGACUACUACUAUGGAUCAGCAACCGAGUUCCUCGAGCAACUGAUCGUCUACUUCAAGAAGACCGUGCCACCAGCCACCGCCGACGAGGCUGCCGGCGUCGCACCCACCAAAGGCUGGCAACUGGAGCUGGCGCUCACCGUACUCUCUGUCGGGCUGUUCUGGAUGAAGCUACAUCACAAGCAUCUGAGCACGGACCUGCUGUUCUUGGCCAAGCUCAAGGCAUUCAUCGAUCUGCACAGUCCAAAGAGCGGCGGCGCACCCACCAGCAACUUCUUCACCUACUUCCGCUCGUUCUUCCAGGCGGUGCCUGUCAAGACGCUCAACUCCUACUCGAGCAACAUGUAUCGCACGGCCACACUGUCGCACAAGAUCAAGGACGAGCACGGCAUUGACGUCUAUCAGUUGGGGGCAGAGGUGGUCGCGUCACAGAUCACCCUCAUCGAUAUGGAACUGUUCACGGCGAUCCCUCUGUUCCAGUUCCUGCACAAGGCGUUCAUGACUGCAGAUCGCUCGCCAGAGUUCCAGCAGAUGGUCGCACGCUUCAAUGUCUGGGCUCGCUGGACAUCCACCGAGAUCUUGGCUCGCGAGCGCGCACAGGAUCGCGUCAACACAUUGGCCUACUUUAUAGAGUUGGCCAAGUGUUGUGUGGACAUUGGUAACUACAGCGCAGCGUCAUCCAUUGUUGGAGGACUGAAUCAUGCGUCGAUCAGUCGACUGAGACAUACAUGGGACAAGCUGUCGGCCAAGACCGCGGCAGACUACAAGGCGUUGGAGACAUUGUUUGACAUGUCGAUGAACUACAAGAACUAUCGCGAGACGAUCAAGUCGUCGCCGACAUCGGUGGUCGUGCCAUACCUGGCCAUCAUCACCAAGGAUCUAUUUGCGAUUGAGGAGGCCAAUGAAACAUUCACGGCCACUGGAUUGAUCAAUAUGGAGAAGUUCCGAUUGAUCUAUAAGAUCAUUAAGGAGUUGCAGGCCUGUCAUCAAGUGUCCAAUCUCAAGUUCCAAUUGAUUGAGCCACUCAAGAAGCAUCUUCUCGGCAUACCCAACACCAUCCAACUACUAGACGACAAAGAGCUACAAGUACAAAGUCUAAAAGUAGAGCCAAGGCAGACUAUCUCAUAA